AAGAAGGGCAAAGAUAUGAACGCCUACCAGAAUACAUUUCAGGAUAUCGAGAAGAAGAAUGAUGUGUCAUUACAAGCGCGCAUUCUUCACGCUUUUUUGUCAAGCGCGAAUAAAUUCUCAAAGAAAAAAUCUUGGCUCGAUGCGAAAGAAACUGAAAACAUUCGCGCGGAGCAAUCUUUUGAUUUACAGGCUCAAGAACCAUGGCCUCAAUCAAUCACUCUAUACCAACCCUACGAGGUAGAACAGAUUCUGCUUCCUGACAACGCAAACUGCUUGGCGGUGCAGGCUUUCCUCAAGAUGUGUCGGCUUGAUUUUCAAAUAGAACCAAGGAAGAAUGCAGAGUUUAUGUCGCCAUCAGGCCGUGUACCAUUUAUCAAAUGCGGUACAAAAUUGAUAUCUGAAUUUGAUGGUAUAGUUGCACACAUUGCAAGUAAAGGGAUAAAUCUGUCCGAUCACUUGGAUUCUGAUGCCAAAGUGGAUAUGAGAGCGUACCUGUCUCUUGUAAACAAUGUGUUUGUAAAUGCGGAAUUGUAUAUUUGUUGGGUGGAUACAACAAUUUUGAAUGCAGUCACCAAACCAAGACAUGGGAGUGUGUAUCCAUGGCCGCUUAAUCAUUAUCUAAACUGGCAAAAGAGACGAGAAGUUAUAAAAAAGCUCAACGUACUUGGCUGGUAUAAUAAGAGUUUAGAUGAAGUCUAUGAUGAUGUAAGAAAGUGUUGUAUAGCACUCUCCGAAAGGCUAGGAGACGAAGAGUUUUUCUUUGGAAAAGACAAACCCAGUGAAUUGGAUGCCUUGGUUUUUGGUCACAUAUUCACAAUAAUCACAACGCCGUUACCCAACAACAAACUGGCUAUGAUCGUGCGGAAUCAUCCGAAGCUCGUGAAUCUUUGUAAACGCAUCGAGAAUAGCCUUUUUUCUCCUCAAGCUAUAGACAGUCAGACUAAUGAAACGCUGGAGUUCAAGAAAUAAGCCAAUGAUCUGACAUCCAUACCAAGGAUAAAUGAAUUAAAAGAAAAUGGUGAUCUUUCUCUAAAUUUAAACAUAGCCCAAUGUCAGGCAAUAAAUGUGCCAAAAUAAAUUGAAGCACAAUUUCGGAAGCUAUUGAUUAGGUAUAAAAUCUCGUUUUUCAUGAAAUAUCAUAAAUUAUAUGACAUCAUAGUUCCUGGUUAUAUUUUCUUUUAUAUUCGUAAUUAUUUUAUUGAAAUAUAUAUGUAUUUAAUAGUGUAUUGUACAUCGUUAAGCGCGCUAUUAAAUUAAAGUAUGUCAUCUCGAUGUUAUAUAGAAAAGUAGAGCAGGGAAGAACAGUUUCUAGUCAAUACAUCAUUCUCCAUUCUUAUAUCUGUCACAUGUAGAUUGGAGAGAAAUUAGGAAAAAAAAAAAUAAUUCUCCAUGUAGAU